AUGAAUCAGCGGGUGGAUUCCACCGGUUCUGCUGCGGCAGAGGGAGGAUUCGAUUCGUAUAGGGAUGGUCGGGACGCGCGCCGUUGCUUGAAUGAGCUUCAAACGUCGCUUUCAUCGUUCAUACCAGCUAAAGCCGACAUCUCGUCGGAUGCUGCGGCUGCUCAUAACGAAGCAUCACCUUCUCUGCUUUCCCUGGAUGCGCCUGGCGGCAGAUUGGACUCGUUUGCUUCACGCUCCUUGGCGUUAUCCUCGUUACAAGACGUGCUUCGACUCGAUACGCCUCUGAGUCCCAGAUAUUGGCCUCUGAACCGUGUUGCCUCAUUGCUGCGAAGCUUCCCAGAGCUCACAUCCCUCCACCUCCCGUUUCUGUCACAUCUCGGCGCUGGCCCCUCCUUGGGGGAGGGCACUUACGCCGGAUGUGACUAUAUCGAUGCCAUCUGCCAUAUUGUUGCCCCCUGCUGCCCGUCCCUUCGCCAUUGUCACAUCGAGUUCGAUCCUGCUUGCACCGUCACCUGCUCCUCCGCCCCAUUCAGUCACCUCUCGUUACUGUCACAUCUGGAGCUGCAAAUGGGCUCUGAUUGGGCGAAAGCCUACCCAGUCCCCAGGCUCUACGACAACAUGUUUUCCGGGCUUCGAGACACUCUCACCUCCCUCACUCUCACCCUCCCGUUUAUGGCACACCUUCCACUUUCGAUAUGGGAACUAACUGCUCUCCGCUCUCUUUCCAUUCGCAACCCGGCCUUUCACCCGGGCGUGCAGAGGCAUGCUUAUGAGGCAGGCGUGUCCGGGUUGCGGCAUUUGUCCUGUCUGCAGCUGCUGGGUCACCCGGUGCCCGGACUGAUGAUGGCGGCACUUGGUGAAACCCACCCGGAGACAACAGGAAGGGAUGGGGUAGAGCAACAGCAGCAUCAGCUGCAGGAGGAACAGCUAGGGAUUGGUGGGAACGAGCAGCAGCAGCAGCAGCGGGGUGGGCAGGGAGGUGAGGAGGCGAGCAGAACCCAGCAGCUGGAGCAGCUGCGCAUGUCCCGAGGCACCGUGGCAAUGCUGAACGCACACCAACUCGUUGGCCCUGCUGCUCAUCCUGCUGCUCCUGCUACUCCUGCUACUCCUGCUACUCCUGCUGCUCCUGCUGCUCCUGCUGCUCUUGCUGCCAAUGCUGCAUCUACUGCCCCUUUCGCCCCUGCAGCAGGUGAGGGGGCGGGCGAGGGGAGGCGGAUUGCGGAACUGGAGCUGUCGCUCCCUCCUUCCUCCCCCAACCUGUCCGCCUGGACCUUCCUGCCCUCGCAUCGGCCAGCCUCAGGGUGCUUAAGCUCUCUGGUGUUUACAUAA